CGAGAGCCGAAUACAACGGCUCCACUUCCUCUACUGUCCUCCGGGAUUCGAGCUAUUCUCUCUACUAUUGUGUGUGUUUUACUCGCCGGAAAACCUCAUGGCGGAGGCGACGACUCUUCCCUGCGACGGCGAUGGCGUCUGUAUGGUGUGCAAGAGCAAGCCGGCUUGGACCGAGACGUUGACGUGCAAGACAUGCGCUACUCCCUGGCAUGUCGCCUGCCUCCCGGUCCCUCUCGAAUCGAUGGCGGAUACUGACGAGUGGGAAUGUCCGGACUGUUCUCCGUCUGUUGUUGCUGCCGAUGCUCAUCUGGCCGUGAAGCCGGCAUCGGUAACGCCGUCGUCGACCUCCGGCGACCUUAUUGCGGCGAUUCGGGCUAUCGAGGCCGAUGCGACGCUCACCGAGCAGGAGAAGGCGAAGCGACGACAGGAGCUCAUGAGCGGAGGCGCGAAGGUCGAUGACGCCGAUCGAGAGAAGAGGAACGCUAGUGGCGAUAACGAGGUUCUCAAUCUUCUCGACGGGAGCUUGAACUGCUCCAUCUGUAUGCAGCUUCCGGACAGACCUGUCACGACACCAUGUGGCCACAAUUUUUGCUUGAAGUGCUUUGAGAAAUGGGUUGGUCAGAGGAAGCUUACUUGUGCAAAUUGCCGUGCUGCCAUUCCACACAAAAUGGCAAGUCAACCUCGAAUCAACUCUGCACUUGUUAUUGCAAUCAGGAUGGCUAAACUCUCAAAACAAAAUGUUUCUGAUGGGCCUUCAAGAGCAUAUCAUUUUAUUCACAAUCAAAAUAGACCUGACAAAGCAUUUACUACUGAACGUGCAAAAAAGCCUGGAAAGGCUAAUGCUGCAAGUGGAAAGAUUUUUGUGACCAUACCUCAAGACCAUUUUGGUCCAAUCCCUCCAGAGCAUGAUCCAGAACGGAACAUGGGUGUCUUGGUUGGGGAAAGUUGGGAUGAUAGGUUGGAAUGCAGGCAGUGGGGUGCUCACUUUGUACAUGUUGGUGGAAUUGCUGGUCAAGGAGACUAUGGUGCUCAGUCAGUUGCACUUUCUGGUGGUUAUGUAGAUGAUGAGGACCAUGGAGAAUGGUUCCUCUAUACUGGAAGUGGUGGAAGAGACCUUAGUGGGAAUAAAAGGACAAACAAGCAGCAAUCAUUUGAUCAGAAGUUUGAAAGGGGUAAUGAAGCCUUAAGAGUCAGCUGCCGGAAAGGAUAUCCUGUACGAGUUGUGAGGUCUUUUAAGGAGAAGCGUUCUUCAUAUGCACCAGAGAAAGGAGUACGAUAUGAUGGGAUUUACAGGAUAGAAAAAUGUUGGCGCAAAGUUGGAAUUCAGGGAUUUAAAGUUUGUCGGUAUCUUUUUGUACGCUGUGAUAAUGAACCUGCUCCGUGGACAAGUGAUAAUCUUGGGGACCGGCCAAGGUCCUUACCUGAUGUUAAGGAGAUAAAGAAAGGUGCUACUGAUAUAACUGAAAGAAAAGGAGCUCCUGCAUGGGAUUAUGAUGAGGAAAAAGGUUGCUGGCUUUGGAAAACACCACCUCCAGCAAGUAGAAUGGGUAGCUUUGAAUGUGAUGAAGAUGGAAAUGUUGUGAAGAAAGCUCGAACCAAGAAAAAGCAAGUAUCUGUGAAGGAAAGGCUCCUAAAGGAAUUCAGCUGUCUUCUUUGCCACAAAGUGAUGGUUAACCCUCUUACUACACCAUGUGCCCAUAACUUCUGCAAGGCAUGUCUGGAUGGUGCCUUUGCUGGUCAGUCUUUCAUGAAACAGAGGAAUUGUGGAGGACGAAGAACAUUGCGGACACAGAAGAAUGUAAUGAAAUGCCCAUCCUGCCAAACUGAUAUAUCUGAUUUUCUGCAGAAUCCACAGGUUAAUCGGGAGUUGAUGACACUGAUUGAAUCCCUACAGCAAAAAGUUGAGGAGGAGAAGGCGGAGUCAAGUGAAGGUACUUCUGGUGGCAUAGAUGGGGCUGAUGAAGAUAUAAGUGAAGAGAUUGAUGGAGAAACUGAUUGUUUGAAUGAAGAGUGUGCUGAAGAAAAUGGUGUUGUUGCUGAUGAUAACAAUAAUGCUAUAAAUGAGGAUAGCGUGGAGGGCAAUAAGGCUGAUGAAGCUAAGAAGCCUACUACAAAACCUAAACAGUCUCGGAAGGGGAAAAGAGCCACAAGUUGUGACAGCACUGGAAUAACUGGAGCAGCUGAUGAGGUUAAGAAAACUAUCACGCGGAAGAAGGCAAAAGCUGCAUAAGAAAUGAAGCCAAAUGAUGAUAGUGGGGCUUAGCUGCUAUGUUCUGUAAGCUGACAAUUUUCAUGAUCCAACUGCUAUGUUUUGGAAGGUGAUGGUUUUGAUGAACCAACUGCUGAGUUGGUGAGGUGUUGAUGCUGUGUUGCACCACAGCUUAAAUUACUUCAUAUAUGAUAUGUAGCAACUAUGUCCUGAACUGAAUCGGGGUAACCGAAAUGGCUGUUCAUAUACUUGGUGACAUGGUGUCCAAAUUGUAUGGUAUAUGUAUUUCAUUUCGCAAACAUUAAUACUUUCGAAGUUUGAUUUAGCAAAAAUGGUAUUUGCAGACUUUGAACUGAA